AUGUCUCUUUCACGCGCUGAGCUCGAGGCCCUUUCGGCCACUGACGCCCGAUGUCCUAUCCCUCCUGAGCCUCUCAGGGCAGCUCUCAGCAGCAAGCCCUUUAUUCCCACACGCUCUCUCCUCAACAUUCGCGACCUCGGCGCUGUUCCUGGCAGCGCUAUACACCCUGGGCGUAUUUUCCGUUCGGGCAUGCUCGAUUCUGCAGCCGGUGACCCGGAGGCUAUCUCUUGGCUCUCAUCUAACAUCAAGACGGUCUUUGACCUACGUAGCAAGGAGGAGCGUGCUACGUACCCAAGUCCAAAGGUUCCUGGCGUCAAAUUUGUGUUUUGUGAGCGUAUCGCUGCUUAUCCUCAACCUAUACCGGCUGGUUUCACUGUGGACGAUGGCAGUGCCGCUUGGAGAGAGCAGCUGAUGGCUGUCGUAGCGGCGUACAAGCCCACUACCCGAGCAAUUCUCCAGCACGUCAGGGACAAACCGGAAGAGCCAUUCCUGUUUCACUGCACUGCUGGCCGUGACCGCACAGGCGUCGUGGCAGGUCUCCUUCAAACCCUGGCCGGUACAAAGCAAACCGACGUCAUUCUGGAUUACAUGCUGUCGCGUAUCGGGAUCGAGCCAGCACGCGAGCGGCUGACCCUGUUUGUCAAGGAAACCGUUGGCGUGGAGGAUACUGAAGUGCCUGGCUUUUGGAACAUGGUCAGUCUGCGUCCGACCUUUUGGAAGGCUUUCGUUGAGGGUGUUAAUGCCGAGUACGGAGGAUGGGAUGGCUACGUAAAGGGUCUUGGAUUUUCGACCAGGGACUUUGAGACCAUCAAGAAGAAUCUGAGAGGGUAG